GUUGGAAAUGUGUGAUGUGUUUUUUUGAUUGCCGCUAAAAAUUCUACAUUUUUUUUCACCGAAAAAGGAUAAAUCCUCUUCAUUAUUCGUUUGAUUAUAUCAAACAAUUCAAUCUGCAAACAAAAAAUGGAAUCAUCCGAAAAUUCAAACAAUCAACAAAUUGAUUUUGAUGAACCUAUUGGUCAACAAGAUUCACAAGCAAAACAAUCACAAUUACCAUCGAUUCAAACAAAAAGUUUAGAUGCUGAAACACGACGUAAAGCUAAAGCUGCAUAUGGAAAAGUAUUCAAUGAAAUUCGUUCUAUUAAUACGGAUAAAAAUGAUAAAAAUAUAGUAAAAAAAUUAAAAUCAUGUUUACAAGAAGAGGAUAAUUGUUUAUCAAAAUUCGGUAUCAAUGAAUUAUUAUCAAUGGAUGCAAAAAAUAUGGCCGCUGUUUCUGAACAAACUAUUAAUGUUGUGAAAAAAAUUACCGUUGUUAAAAAAUUUAAUAAACAUGAUUAUCGUCGUGCAUUACGUUUGCGUUUAUUACGUAAUUGUCAAACAAUUUCGAAUUCAAUCGAUCCGACUAAACAAUUACAAUUAGUUCAUCUAUAUCCAACUGGCAAACAAUUUAAUCAUAUUCAUCAUCUAACACCGGCUAUAAUACCAUCAUUUUCAAAUGAUUUUGAUGAUGAAAAUUUAACAACAAAUGUUAAACAACGAAAUACACAAACAAGACAUAAAUUACCGACAGGUGAAGCAACACAACCCGAACAAAAACAAUCAAACGAAAUGAAUAAUGUUGAUAAAUCGGAUAAACGUUUAAAACAUAUUUAUAAAUCAUUGAAAAAAUUGGAAAGAAAAAAUGAAAAUGGUGUACCAUUUUUUCAGGCAUUAUUACAUCCAAAUGAUUUUGCAACAACAAUUGAAAAUAUAUUUAAUUUAGCAUUUUUAGCAAGACAAUCACGUGCUAUAAUCGAUAAUCAAGAUGAUAAUUGUGGUGGUAAUGGUGUUGAACCACUUAUUAUAACCAAAGAACGUUCAUCAACUGAUGAUAAUGGUGAUGAUGAAAAUUUUAUUGAUGACCAUGAUACAUAUCAACAACAACAACAACAAUCAUCAACUGAAAUGAUGAAAAUUCCAAAUGACAAAGAACCAAUACAAUCAGCAUUAUCAUUCGAUAUGGAAACUUAUAAUUAUUUAUUAAAUUCAUUAUCAAUUAUACGACCAGCAAUCAAAGAUAAAUGAUUAAUCUUAAUACAACAUAUUUUUGUAUUUUUUUUUAAAUUACUAAUCCAAAC